GGGAGCGUUCAGCAGGGCCCGUGAACCUUUGCUGGCAUGCCAACCCAACCAAAAGAACGAGGGCAGGGAUACUCCGAGCCCCGAGACUAUUGGCGCCACUUGGCCAGCACAGGCUGCGGCUAGCGUCUCCCCGCAUUGAUGAUGUGCCGAAGCACGCGGGCCAUUUGCUUCCCGCCCGCUGGGGAAGAGCUAUAUCAUGCUUACCGGCCCGGCUUGCUCUGUCUCUGCCUUUGAUUAGAUUCGCGCAACUCUGGACAUUCCCUUCCAUCGACCUCCAUCAUCUAUUCGGGUGUUCAUGCAACAGAUCAGUAAUCCAGAACCGACGCAAUGACGGAUAGGGCCCGUUGGUCGGCACAGCAGAUCUCCCAGCACAAGACACCCGAAGACUGUUGGAUUGUGGUCGACAACCAGGUCUGGGAUGUGACGGAUUUCUUGGAGGAGCAUCCGGGAGGUUCUACAAUUAUCUUAAAGUACGCCGGCCGUGACGCUACUACAGCAUACGCAGAAGUCCAUGCCCCGAGUGUCAUCAAAACACAACUAUCACCCGAGAGACUUAUGGGAACCUUGGAUGAGUCGACAAUCAACGAUGAAUGGGUGAAGCAGCCGCCGACUGAAAAUCCCCAAGUCCUCCUGGAGAACGAGAAACCGCCCCUUCAUACUCUCAUCAAUUCCCAUGAUUUCGAAGUGGUCGCCUCGAAAACGGCCAGCAAGAAAACAUGGGCGUUCUAUUCCAGUGCUGCGACGGACCUGCUCACCCGGAAUGCCAACAAGUCUUGCUUCGACCGCAUCUGGCUGCGGCCCAGGGUCCUGCGGAAUGUGCGGUCAGUGGACACGACAACCACGCUGCUUGGCGUCGACACGCGCCUCCCGUUGUUCGUCAGCCCGGCCGCGAUGGCCAAGCUCAUUCAUCCGGACGGUGAAAUUGCCAUUGCCAGGGCGUGCGAGAAUAAAGGCAUCUUCCAGGGGAUUUCCAACAAUUCCUCCUAUCCUCUCGAGGACCUCCGGAAUGCUGCACCCUCUGCAAAUUUCUUCUUCCAACUAUACGUGAACCGAGACCGCGAGAAAUCCGCAGCUCUUCUCCGCCAAUGUUCUGCCCACCCCAACAUCAAGGCCAUCUUCGUAACGGUCGAUGCCGCCUGGCCUGGGAAGAGAGAGGCGGAUGAGCGCGUUAAAGCCGACGAGACGUUGUCUGUCCCAAUGGCCCCAUCUAAAGCAAAGAACGACAAGAAAGGCGGCGGCCUCGGUCGCGUCAUGGCCGGAUUCAUCGACCCUGGGCUGACCUGGGAGGAUAUGGUAUGGGUGCGACAGCAUACGCAUUUGCCGGUAUGUCUGAAAGGUGUCAUGUCCGCGGAUGAUGCUAUUCUCGCCAUGGAAGCCGGACUGGAUGGCAUUAUGCUGAGCAAUCACGGUGGGCGCAACCUCGAUACCAGCCCACCAUCCAUUGUGACGCUUCUGGAGCUCCACAAGCGGUGCCCGGAAAUCUUCGAUCGAAUGGAGAUCUACGUCGACAGCGGGAUCCGCCGGGGAACGGACAUCCUAAAAGCAGUCUGUCUGGGAGCCACAGCGGUGGGAAUGGGACGCAGUAUGCUCUUUGCAGCGAACUAUGGCCAGGAGGGGGUGGAGCAUCUGAUUGAUAUCAUGAGAGAUGAAUUGGAAACGGCAAUGCGGAAUACCGGUAUCACCAGCCUUGACCAAGCGGGUCCCCAUCUCGUCAACACGGGGGAUAUCGACCAUCUGGUCCCUGGGUCUGCUACCCAUCCAUAUGCACGGAUGGUGGCUAAGGGACGGCGUGUAUCUAGGCCCAAGCUUUGAUCAAUGCUCGAUUGUCUCAUUCCGGAGGUGGAACAGCUAGAGGUAUACAAGCUAGAUGCGUGUACGGUUCAAUCCACAUGGAUUAGAUGUCGUGUUAUCUCAAACACGUACCGGCUAAUCCACAAGUCAGAUGCCCAUAUUUUCAAGCCAUACGAGAGAGUAACAGGCGUUUCCAACUGUGGCACGUUCUAGUUUCUCGACUCGUAGGAGAAGAUAUCCUACGUGAACUAGGUAAUUCAAGACACUUUCAAGACAUACAAAAGGACUUUGAUCUCCCCGCAUAGUCUAAUCUCGCUAAUACC